CCCCGGCGGGGCGGUGCCUCGCGUGGCCCCACCCCUUCCCAGCCCCCCACGGCCAGGCGGAAAGGGCGUGGUCGGGCGUGACGUGGCGGAAUGGCGGAGCUCUACGUGAAGCCGGGGAACCAGGAGCGCGGCUGGAACGACCCCCCCCAGUUCUCCUACGGGCUGCAGGCGCAGGUCAGGGGUCCCAGGCGAGCCCCGCUCACCCGCCGGGUCCCCGCGCCGCCCGCGGGAGUUCCCCCAGGUGCCCCUCCGGAGCCGCCCGCCGCCCCCGCUGCGCUGGGGCCGCCCCCCCUGGGGCCCGCCCGGCCGGCCCCGCGGGCAGCCAGCGGGGAGCCGAGCGCGGCCGCGGCAGCGCGCCCGGAGGAGUGCGGUGUGCCCGCCGACGCCGUGCUCGCCCCGCUGCAGGAGGCCCUGGCCGCCUGCCGUCCCGCCCUGCAGAAACAAGUGUGCGACGACAUCGGGCGCCGGCUGACGGUGCUGGGGGGCGCGUGGGCUCAGGGGAAGCUGUCAGCCCCGGUGAAGAGGAGGAUGAGCCUCCUGGUGCAAGAGCUCCAGGAACAGCACUGGGACAUGGCUGAUGAGAUCCACCGCUCACUCAUGGUGGACCACGUGAACGAGGUGAGCCAGUGGCUGGUGGGUGUCAAGCGCCUGAUUGCUGAGAUGAGGAGCCUGCCUGCUGCCGCAAUGGAUGGCAGCACCGAGGUCGGACCUGGCCAGGAGGAUCCCUGAUGCCCAGGGACUGGGCUGUGAACUGUGAGCAGGGCAACCUAUGCCCAGGGCCACCGGCAGGAGAAGGGCCCACACUGCAUAAGGGAGCAUGGGCAUCUCUGCCUCCCACUCCUCACCACAGGAAAAUGGGAUUUUAAUCACUGCAACAUUUUGGUGGUGAUUCACUACAUGGCAUUUAAUAAAUGGCACUAACCUGCCCCUAGCUGCAGCCUG